CUUGGUGCUAAAAAUGUGGCUUUUUCGCAGCCCGGCGCCGUCGAUGUUCGCUGCGACAUGACCAAUCAUGACGUCCCAGAGUCGCGAUUCAGAACUAGCAGCAGCGGCUACAAUCGUUGGGCGCACGUCCAUCAAGUUAAUUCUAGGGACGUUGCGGGGAGUGCUUGCCUUUAAUCCAAUGAGCGCUGAAAGUCAGGGAAGCUACGACGUCUUCGACCUUGGUGAAUCGCUGCCACAACAUCGCAUAGAGAUGAUAAUUUGUCGUGAUCUACUUCCCAUGAGCGGGCUUGAUCGUCAAAAAGGUGCGAACGGCAGCAUCGAAUGGAUCAAGAAUCAUUUGAGCGGCAGUUCACGGCCCUGCUCACGCCGGGAUUACGUUCGCAUGUUGAUGCAACGUGGGACAAGCCUUUUGACUUUAAAUCGUAAAAGCAAAGAUAUGGCAGCACUAGUAAAAUAUGCUCGUGAACUCACGGACAACAAAAAUGGAAGAGAUGAGAUUUUGAUCGAGUGUGUCAGUCUCAAUACGUCUUUUUUUGCUGAACUAAACCUCGAUAUUGCCUUUCCUCGCUCCCCUCCAGCGCUGGAAUACAUGAGUAUAAGAACAGCUAAAACAUCUUUUUGCCCGUCUGUGCACUCACUCAAAUGUCAACGAUCCCUAAACUCGAUACCUCAAGCUGUGUGUGCCUGUUUUGCUGAUGCGAAAAUACAGCCUUCAUUAAUACAAACUAAAUUUCAGACAUCAACUCCGUCAUUCUUUGAUGUUAGAUCAAAAAAAACCUUGGUUUGCAUUGCCCGUGGAGAUGAUGCAGGGAUCUUACCCAUUCACUGCAUUGAUCUUUCUACAUUCAGGCUUGGAAAGCAAUAUAGAUGUAUGACCAGCCGGCAUUUUUCUCGCCCAAUAAUCAUCGUCACAUCCGGCUAUCUGACAUCCCUCUCAAAAGACUCUCCAAGGACGCGAAUCUCUUUGAAACCUGAUGUCCCUAUACGCUGUGAUAUCUGCAAUAUAAAUGCAUCUAAGAUGUACAAGCUGCACGGAGGGGAUUCGGUACAAUACCCCACACCUUCCUGUGAACAGUGCCUACAUAUGCUCUAUUAUGGCAUCAACGGCCAGCUUCUGCCACGUCAGAACCCUCGGUGAUGCACUUCGUAGAAUGUAGAUGGAUGCCAAGUGCCAAAGGGCCUAUCCAAGGAAAGAGCUUAGCUUGACCUGUUCGCGGAUUCAGGUAUUAACUGCUGGAUUCAUGUCAGGCUACGCUCAAAGUCACGAUCGCCCCGGCGAGGUUCUUGGGAUUUUUAGAGUCUUAUGAUGCGCCUGUCGGCGUCGUGGCUGAAGUGGAUUUGGCUGGCUCUUUGCAUGCAACCGAAUGAACAGGGGCCUGUGUGGUUAUCGGUUGCAAAGAUGUUGCCAAAAGCAUUUACCAGGUGACGUAUGUACCUAUACAUCGCAUUUGAACGUGAAGCAGUCCAAUGGCCAGCGAGAUGGCCAGUCCGCUGACAGGAUCUUCUUUUCAAGGGGCGGAGUCUGGACAAAAAUGUUCUUGGGAAGCAGGAUCCUGGCAAGCAGGGUCUUGGCAAGAAGAAGAAGGGUCUUGGCAAGAAGGCUCAAGGGGGCAGCUUGCUGGAGGCGUUGUGGAAGAUCGCAACAAAGGACGGCGCGAAGAUUGAGACAACGGCAAGGGGCUGUGUCUCAGCUUCCUUCGUGCAACCAUGGCGACGGUUUCUAUUUCCCGCACAACGCAAGGUUCUUGGCUCAGCCACGGGGUGACAUGGGAGGCCGUUCAAAGAACGGCGGAAAAGGAGAGUUCCGACAAGGACAGCAGGUCGGCCGCGGAGAGUCGCUCGGAGAAUAGUCGGCCACAUCGUCAGUAUCGUGUCGUUCAGCGACCUCGACG